AUGAAUCAUCCAUAUGGUCAUCAUCAUUUUCAUAACCAAGGACCACCGGGUAUGCCACCACCCGGCAUGAUUAUGAAAGGACCACCUGGUAUGCCACCACCAUAUGGAUUUCCACCAAACAUGCCACCACCAUAUAGCUUCCCACCACCAUAUGGAUUUCCACCUGGUAUGCCACCACCACCUCAUUCAAAUGCCCCACCAUAUGGUUUUCAACCCCCACCAGCUGGUAGAGGUUUAGGGCCACCUUCACAACAACAACAGCAACCACUACCAAAUAAAUUUUCGAAUCAAAUUAUACCACCACAACCAAUAAUUCCUACACCAACAAGUCACUCAAUCAAUGGUAAUAAUAGUUUUGAAAAUAAAAUAAAUAAUGGCGUUUUACAAAUACCAACACCAGCAAAUAGUAAUACCACAACACCAACAGCAGCAGCAGCAACAAAUUUAAGUACAUCACAAAACAAUAUAAAUAAAGAUAUUAACAGCACCAAUACAACAGCGUAUAUUGGUAAAAUUCCAACACUUUUAGAAGAUUCAUUUAUAAAGAGUUUAUUAGAUCUAUGUGGCAAAGUUGUAAAUUGGAAAAGAGCAUCCGAAACCAAUGGCAAAUUAAAGGCAUUUGGAUUUUGUACAUUUGAACAUGCUGAAGGCGCAUUUAAAGCAUUAAAAAUUUUAAACGAAUUUCAAGUCGAUGGUGAAGGUGGUAAAUUAAUGGUUAAAGUUGAUAUCACUCAAAAGUUUUAUAGCGACUAUUUAGAGAAGCAAGUUGGAGGAAUAAAGUCUGAUGACUCACCAGAGGAUCUAAUACUUCGUGAAAAAAUUAAAACAUUGGUCGAAAAAAAUUUACCAAAUAUUCAAGAUAAGAAAAAAAAUAUUUCCAAUGAAAUUAAUGAUUUUUAUAAUAAAGAUAGAAGAGAUUUAACAAAAGAAGAAAAAAUUAAAAUUAUUGAAAGAGAAAAAGAAAAAGAAAAACAAAGAUAUAAAGAAAGAGAACUUAAAUCAAAAGAAAGAGAUCUAAAAGAAUUUAAAGAAAGGGAAAGAUUAUGGGAAAGAAGAGAAAAGAAUAAAGAAUUGGAUAGAGAAGAAGAAAAAGAAAAAGAAAAAGAAAAAGAUAAAAGAGAACUACUGUUAAGAUUAAAAGAAAUGGAUGAAUAUUCAGAUACAGAUGAAAAGCAAAGAAAGAGACUAAGAUCGAGGGAUGCCAUCAAGCAUAGAACAAAAGAAAGAGAAGAUGAUGAAAAGGAUCGUAUAAAAGAACAAAUUGAAAUCCAAGAGCAACUAUUAAAGAAACAAAAAGAAGACGAAUUAAAUAAGAUUCAAUUGGGCGGAUUUUCAUCAUCAUUAGCAAAUAAAAAAGUUAAAUUGGUAAAUAAAGGUUUUGGUACAGAAGAUCAAGAUGAUGAUCAAGACGAAACUAACCAAUCACUUGCAUCAUCGUCAUCGAAUCUAAUGAAAAAGAAACAAAAUCUACUACCGUUAUUAGACCAUAAUGAAAUUGAUCAAAUUUUAAAUCCAAAGCAACAACAAGAAGAAACACUAAUGUCAACAAAGGAUCUCCAACUUCAAAACAUUGCCGCUGAAAUUCCAGUAACCGCAGAUGAAUUAUUUAAAUUAAAAGUUUCAAAUUGGAAUGUAAUAGAUAAACAAAUCAAUGAGAAAAUGAAGCCAUGGAUCACACAAAAAGUAAUAAGCUUUUUUGGUACUCAAGAAAAUGAAUUCAUUGAUUUCAUUGUCGACCUUUUAGAAUCUCAUACCGAACCAAAUAAUAUAGUUUUAAAAUUAAAAGAUGUUUUCGAAGAGAAUGCUGAAGAUUUUGUAUUAAAAAUGUGGAGAAUGAUUUUAUUUUUAGAUAAAAUUUAA